CCGACGUGAAGCCAGCUCACUUUAGUGCGGCAUGAGUAUUCUAGGGACCGUAGCAUGAGUGCGGUUUGUGCACUGUAGCACUGUAGUACGCUGUAACCGUGGUAACUUCACGGACCGUAGUUCUAACUGUAGUCACAGAACACCUAAAGAAGAUCUGCAGUAGUACAAUGCAAAGAUCUGCUAAAGUACGCCUGAGCAUAGUCUCGCGUGUUUUGGGAACUGUGGGCAUGACAGAGGUUGACGUAAAGGUAGAGCCGAUCAGCCCUCCCGCCACAAUAUCUCAUGGCAUGACAAAUGUCGACAUAAAGGCAGAACCGAUCAGCCCUCCCACCACAACACCUCAUGACAUGACAAAUGUUGACAUAAAGGUCGAGCCAAACAGCCCUCCCACCGCACUACCUCAUGGCAUGACUGGCGUUGACAUCAAGGUAGAGCCGAGUAGCCCUUCUACCACGCCACCUCCUGGCAUGACUGGUGUUGACAUAAAAGUAGAGCCGAGUAGCCCUUCUCCCACACUACCUGAGCAUGUUGAUGCCAAUGAGAAAGGACCAGCUGAGGCAGCACUUGAAAGUAGCAGUUCUGAAACUUCAAAAGACAUAAUGGAUAAAAGCCUAGGAACCUCGGAACGGGCUACAGGACCUUCACAAAAGAAGCCUCAAGGCAGUGCGAAGAGGUUGCUCGAGUGUGACACGUGUGGGCGGUGCUUCAAGACUCGGUACCAGUUGAAAACACAUCAGAGAGUGCACACGGGGGAGAAGCAGCACAAGUGUGACACGUGUGGGCAGUGGUUUGCGAGCAAAAACAGUUUGAGCAGGCAUCAGGUGUUGCACACAGGUGAGAAGCCACAUGCCUGCCCAGAGUGCGGCCGAAAGUUUGCUCACAAGGGAACUUUAAAUCAACACCACAAGUUUGUCCACAUGAAGAGGAGGCUCUACACUUGCCCGGUCUGCGACCAGAAGUUCCCUCUGAAGUUCGAUCUUCGUAGACACAAGCAUGUGCACACGGGUGAAAUGCCGUAUGCGUGCCAGAUCUGCCCUUCCAAAUUUUGCAGGAAGGCGUCCUUGGUCAAACACAAGCAGCUGCAUGCAGCCGGAGUACAGGUGGGCAUCUGCGCAGAGUGUGGCAAGAGCUUCAAGAGCAUGAAAUCUCUGUUGAAUCACUUGAAAUGGCACAACAUGGAGAAGCCACACUCGUGCCAUCUAUGCCCAGCCAGAUUCACAAAGAAAUCGAACCUGGAAAAGCACGUGUUUACACACAAAGGUGAAAAGCCAUACAAGUGUCCCUUGUGUGAGAGACUGUUUUCGACGUCUGCAAAUGUGAAAAUGCACAUGCACCGGAUACACAGUGGAGUCGAGGCUACUGUGGCGAGUACUGACAGCAUGGCGGGGGUUUCCACGCCAAGUAAACCCCUCGUCACAGAGCCCCGUGAGGAUGCUGACAUGAAUGAAGCGGGACCAUCUACAGUGGCAUGUGGCAGGAGCACCUCUGUGAUGCCACAGACAAGCAGGACUGAAAUUUCAGGAGGCAUCAAGGAUAGCAACCCAGGAUGAGCUCACUGGACUUCCGUGAAAAAAGGGGUACUGACACAAAAAUUUUGGUUUGGCGUUUUUUUGCUGCAGUAUGUUGCUGGGGCCCUAUUGGUCAUAAGGCAGCACAUCGCUUGCUGCAGCGCAUGACAGAUAAUCAAUUGCAGUCUGUUUAUUACUGACCAGUCUCAGUUUUAGUUUGGGAGAGCUUUGAGAAUGACAAGGCAUGGGAGUGCAACUAACGCCAUCUAGCAUGGGAAAUGGCACGCAGAACUGUGACGCACUUCCACACCGCCUGCAUCAUGUGCUGACCUGCUGCAUGUGCUGCGCUGUCAUUGUCGUCUGGUGGCAACAGCUUUGUUGAGGCUUCCACACUUUCUGCAUGUUCGCAGUGGGGAUGUGAGCAGCUGCUGAAGACUCAUGAGCAGCUGCUGAAAAUAGCCUGCUGCCGCAAGAGCGGCGGAAGUGCAGUGGCGACUAUGACGUCGUCAUGCUAUAUAGCUGCGCCAGCUUGCAGCUCAUUCGCACUGGUGACGUCACGGAAGUUGGGGGUCACCUUCAAGUCACCUUAGAUGAUGUCAGUGUUGCGAGGUACGGCAUAUAGCACUGGAUCAUAAAAGUGAACUUCUAGAAUUCAUGUAAAUUACCUACCAAGCCGUAUUCGCUGUUGAGAUUUGGUAGAUGAUAUACGCAUGUUGACAGGAAUUGAUCCCAUAGGCUAUCUCGGCCAAGAAAUUUUGUGUCAGUACCCCUUUAAAGGAAAUCGUUGCACUUGCUUCUCGUAAGGCAAAUAAGCAGUGUUUCUUCCAGUGGAAAUCUUUUGUCUUCCAAGCAGUACACUGUUUGCUGUGUCCAGCUUGCAUGCUCUAAAAUUUAAGUUGUUGGUACAUUGGUUCACAUCAAGCUUUUAAGGAACACAGGGAGGAUUUUGAAAUCUCUUAAGUUGAAAACAAAAUUUCCAAGUUUGAUUUACCGCACAUCUAUGAAUCAUAACAGACAUAUGUUCAUAACAAGUGUAAAUAAAUGCACAAGUUUACAUAUUUA